AUGCCUCGUCUUAAGCAAAUAGCCAAUCGUGGCUUUUCGUCUGGCAGGGAUGAGCAAAAUCUUGAUAAAUGGCUUGUUGCACCUCGACCCAAGCUUCAUUACCGUGCUUCCCUCGGCACCAUAGAUCCUAUUCUUGGAAAGAGAAAUAUGGGAUUCAACAUCUAUGAAGUUGCAUGGCCUCUUUCGAAUUCCAUCAAGAUGACAAUUUCUAGUGAUUGUAUGACCUUUUACAUGGAAGAGAGUCAUAAAGGUGAAAAGAUAGUUUUGGCCAUUGAGAGGUGUUUGCUUGACUGGGGAGUUGAUAAUAUGUUUACAAUGACUAUAGAUAAUGCAAGUUCAAAUGACGUUGCAAUUGCCUACAUAAAAAGAAAAGUUUCAAAUUGGAGAAAAGACAUUUGUGGAGGCAAAUUCUUGCACAUGAGGUGCAUUGCACAUAUAAUUAACCUAGUUGUGCAAGAUGGUUUGAAAGAAAUGGGGGAUUCAGUCGCUCGUGUUAGAGACGCAGUCAGAUAUGUUAGGCAUUCACCUGCUAGGUUGAAAAAUUUCAAGCGUUGCGCAGAAGUAGAAAAAGUAGAAUGCAAAAAGAUGUUAUGCCUAGAUGUUAGCACUCGAUGGAAUUCUACUUAUCUGAUGCUAGACACAGCUCAAAUAUAUGAAAUAGCUUUUGAAAGGUUUAGGGAUGAAGAUCAUUCAUUUAGAAUUGAGCUUGAUACUAGGGAUGGCAUACCAAGUAGUUUUGAUUGGGAACAAGUUAGAAAAUUUGUGAUGUUUUUGGAACACUUCUAUGAACUCACUAUACGAGUUUCAGGUGACAAAGGUUUAUUGGUGGGGAAAAAGGUUCAGGAUACAACAAUGGAAUUGUUUGCUGAGUAUAAAAAGUUGUCACAAUCUAAAAAUGAAGAAUUAAACAGAAGUGAAACUUCAAGCUCGACUUGCUCCACUGGUCAAGGUGAAGCAGCAAAACGAAAGUUCAAAGUUUUGUAUCAAAAGUACAAGACUCAAAUUGGAGGUGUAGAUAAUAAAUCAGAGUUGGAUAGGUAUUUGAGGGUGGAUUGUGAAAAGGAUGUGGAGGGCUUUGAUAUUUUGGAGUGGCGGAGGUUAAAUAGUCAAAGGUUUCCCGUCCUUUCACAUAUGGUUCGUGAUGUUUUAGCAGUACCCAUCUCUACAGUUGCUUCAGAGUCUGCUUUUAGCACAAGGGGGCGUGUUCUCGAUGCCUUUAGGAAUUCUUUGACUCCUAAAAUUGUUCAAGCUCUUAUCUAUACACAAGAUUGGAUGCGGGGUUCACAUACUCCAAUUAAGGUUGAAGAAGACAUAUAUGACCUUGAAAAUCUAGAAAAAGAGCUGUCAGAGGUUGCAUUGGAGUCCACAAUUGGUGAAUAA